AUGGAUCCAGUCAGCGUUGGCCAGGACGAGUUAGCUCGACAGAGCUCUGCGAUAUCCGACCAACCCGGUACGAAACGACUGAACGAGGUAUCUGAUCAGGGUCCGGACGGUCCUCUUCAGAAGAGAGCGCGAAUAUCGCCGGAGACUUCUGCCAACGAUCCCCCUGGCGAACCGGCGACAAGCAACAGCACCGCCCAACACGGAACCAACCGGGUGACUUUCUGUGCGGAGGAAAAGUCCCAGUCCGGAGCAGAUCACAGUUAUUCAACGGGAUCCACGCGACAAUGCACACAACGAGGUGUCCGUCUUAGUCAAGUCCACCCUAAGGACAAAACGGAGACAGACAUCGACAUCAUCGCUAUCCAUGGCCUCGACACGAAGUCGCCAGACACAUGGUCAUGGGUAGACCGCGGCCCUCCCGAAAAGAGAGUCAACUGGCUGCAGGAUCCUAACAUGCUCCCGGGCAGGGUUGAACGGGCCCGGAUCUUCACAUGCGACUGGCCCGCCGACCUAUGGCAACCGUCAGACCUGGUGCAAAAGACAGAGGAGGAGCUUGCCCUGCUUUUGUUGGACGGUAUCCAAAGACGCCCCCCCGCAACGAGCAAAUACGCAAAAGAAGACCGACCCAUUCUCUUUAUCGCGUCGUGUCUCGGAGGUAUCAUCUUAAUGAAGGCUCUUGUAGACGCGGCGGAAAAGUAUCGUUAUCUCCGAAGAGCGACACGCGGUAUUCUCUUCCUUGCCACACCUUUCCGAGGCACUUCGUUCCAAGAAGUAGCAGCCUGGGCGGAGCGAUGUCUGAAGGCCCAGGCUUUGAUACGAGCCCAAGAAGUGAACAAGCUGCUCGACAGCCUAAAGGGAUCGACUUCCGCUUUGGAGUCACUCGUGCGCAAGUUCACUCACCUGUGUCAACGCAAAGAUCCUCCCUGCCUAUUGUUCAACUUUUACGAACUCGGAAAGACGAGUUUGCCGCGCAAAGCGUUUCCUUUGCUGCCAAGCUGGCUCGCCAACGAAAAACUGCUGGUCGAUACGUCGUCGGCGACUUUGGACAUAGUCCAAGACCCAUUACCAUUGGAUCGACCUCAUGUCCUCAUGAACAAAUUUCCGAGCCCUGACUGUCUAGAUUACGAUCGUGUUGCUGGACAGAUUCAAAAGAUGCUCGCAGAUAUUCGCGAGGGAAGUCCUCUCGAGCAAGCGGACGCCUGGAUCCGCGAUAACAUCUAUAAUGCGGGCAGGCUCAAGAUCGAACGGCUCUCGGGCGACCAGCUGCCGAUGGAUCAGUGCUACAUCAAUCUCGCCAUUGUGGAGCAGCCGGGCAGCGAUGCGGGCCGUUCUAAGGAAGGAGAUAAAGCCCAACAGUCCUCUCCGUUUACGCUCCAAGCGCGACUCAAAGUGGAGACACCGGACAAGAACAUCCAGGUCGAGCUGCCGACAAUCUUCAACCCGCGCAAGCGACCCUAUGGCCACACCACACAACCAAGGAGAAUUCUGAUCCGAGGACGAGCCGGAGUUGGCAAGACCACCUUGUGCAAGAAGAUUGUCCAUGAGUUUGCCCAUGGCACAUGGGGCGAAUGGAGCCAGUUAUUCGACCGCGUACUUUGGGUACCCUUGCGGACCCUGAAAAGCAAGCCCGACAAGGGAUACAACCUUGAGGGUCUGUUUCUCCGGGAUUUUUUCUGUAAUGCGCCGAACCGCGGUAAACUUGCCGGAGAACUGGAAGAAGCACUACAUACCACCCAGUUUGGUACAACUCUGUUCGUCCUCGAUGGCCUGGAUGAAGUUUCCGAGGGCUUGGAUGCAGACAACGAGAUGUGCGAAUUUCUCAAAUUUCUCUUGAAUCAGCCCAACGUUAUCAUCACAUCCCGGCCAUACGGCAAACUUCUAGCUGGCCUCCGUCCUCUCGAUGUCGAACUGGAAACGAUAGGAUUCUAUCCAGAUCAAGUGACGGAGUACAUCGGAAAGGCCCUCCACGAUCCACAGAAACUCGCCGAGAUCCAGUCGUUUCUUCAACAACGACCGCUCAUUCACGGUCUUGUUCGGAUCCCCAUUCAGCUGGACGCGCUCUGCUUCACCUGGGACGAAGGCUUCGGUAACAAAUCCGUGCAGACCAUGACCUCCCUUUACCAAGCUAUCGAGCAUCGAUUAUGGAAGAAGGAUAUCUUGCGAUUGGAAAAAACACACGAGGGGACACCGAUAAGAAGACGCCUUCUCCAAACGGCUAGCCGGGCAACGAUCGAGAAUUUCGUAAAGGACGAGAUCUAUUUUCUGGAGUGCCUUGCCUUCGCUGGACUGCACAACGACACAAUCGACUACGGGUCAGAACAUCGAAACGCCAUUGCCGACCGCUUUGUGCCCACUCUCUUGCUCGACAAGACUCUGCCACGCCUCUCCUUUCUACGAACAUCAGACCCCUCGGCUAAACACAGCGACCACCAUUAUCACUUCCUACACUUGACCUUCCAAGAGUAUUUUGCGGCACGAAACACAAAUACAACGCACGCUAUGAUAUUUUUUGGCGUUUUGUCGCCGGCUUGCUUCACACCCAUCCCGACCAACUCUGUCGCUUCUUCCGCACGAUCGAGGACGAGCCGCGUGACCUCUUGGGUCCAAUGCAUCAACGCCGCCGAGAUGGAGUUUCCAGAACAUAUCCUGGGGAAUGUCUUACAAAAAGAAUCCGAGGACGUGAAAGAGAAGGUUCUACACUCGCUGAUGGAAAGACCAAAUAUUUUACCAACAAUCAUGGAUCAUACAGCUUCCUGUUUGGGAGACAACGUUUCCAAAAGCUUAAAAACAGCGGUCCUUCACGUAUUCAAACGUCUCCAUAAAGCUUUGCCAAACGCCCUCCAGGACGUGGCGGCAUUGCUGAAAGAUCCUGACCGAGACGUCAGGUCCGCUGCGGCUGAAGCCUUGGGUGGGCGUUCAGACCUGCCAGAAGCGAUCUUCCAGGACGUGGCGGCUUUGUUGAAAGAUCCGGACUGGGUUGUUACGUCCGCUGUGGUUCGGGCCUUGUGUAGGCGGUCGGACCUGCCAGAAGCGAUCCUCCAGGACGUGGCGGCUUUGUUGAAAGAUCCGGUCUCGGAAAUCAGGUCUAAUGCGGUUUGGGCUUUGGGUUGGCGCUCGGACAUGCCAGAAGCGACCCUCCAGGACGUGGCGGCAUUGCUGAAAGAUCCGGACCGGGACGUCAGGUCCGCUGCGGCUGCAGCCUUAAGUGGGCGCUCGGACCUGCCGGACGAAAGAUUCUAUUCUCUUCUUAUCAAAAUGGACUUCCUGUCUUUCAAUAAUUUAUACCAGGUUGUGGUCGAAAGAAGCUUUUCGGAUAACCUGAUAUGCCGGGGAGCGACCGGUACCCCGGAACAGGGGCUGGUUGCCGGCCGGCGGAUAGGGACAGGGCUUAUCGGUGUCCUGGUGCGGACAGCAUACGCCGUCGACUUGGUCGGAUCCGAUGCCGACGCUGCAGAUCCGCGCAGAGCCGCUGCCUUGGACGAAGUCGACCAGACGAAUUCAGCUAUGGAUGCCACCAACGACGCUAUGGACGGGAUCCCGGCUGCCGGGUCUGGCGAGGCCGGCGAGGAUGAUGCUGAGACCGCUCUGGUUCGAGAGGCAACCGGACGACAUCUGCUGGAACGAUCGAAAAUGCCCGAAGGCCUGAAGUCCGUGAGGCGUAUCUGGGGCGAAGACAAGGUUGAAUAUUACCAGUAG